AUGUCCAAUGAUGCACUUGAGGUUAAUUUCCUGCCACAACUGUUGCAUGUAGCAGUUUUUGCAUUCAACAUUUGUUGUAUUUACAAUUACGACAUAUCCUCACCCUUAAAUGUCCCUUGCUUUUUGAUUUGGAAUGCAGGGCAGAAUAUUAGAAAGUUAGUGAAGGAUGGUUUCAUUAUAAGAAAGCCCAUGAAGAUCCAUUCCCGAUCUCGUGCUCGUCGAGCAAUGGAGGCCAAGAGAAAGGGGAGACAUUCUGGAUAUGGUAAGCGCAAGGGUACAAGAGAAGCUAGGCUACCCACUAAGAUUCUGUGGAUGAGGAGAAUGAGGGUUCUUAGGCGGUUGUUAAGGAAAUAUCGUGAAGCCAAAAAAAUUGACAAGCACAUAUAUCAUGAAAUGUACAUGAAGGUGAAAGGUAAUGUGUUCAAGAACAAAAGAGUGCUUAUGGAGAGUAUUCACAAGUCUAAAGCUGAGAAGGCAAGAGAGAAGACGCUUUCGGAUCAGUUUGAAGCUAAGAGGGCCAAGAGCAAGGCAAGCAGGGAGAGAAAGUUAGCCAGGAGAGAGGAACGCUUGGCUCAGGGCCCAGUAGAAAAGGCAUCACCAGCCCCUACUGUCCAAUCUGCAGAGGUGCCACCUAAAAAGUCUAAGAAGUGAAGCUUAGUUUGAGAAACGGCGCUAUCCUAUAUAUAGAACCUGUGAGAAAGAGUAGGGUUUGGGAGUCUAGAGUAUGAUGUUUCUAUUUUUUUGAAUCAGAUAGUUACUCAAAUAAGAGAAGGGGUAAGAAUAUAGGAGGCUUGUUCCCAACUUAAUAUUUAUGUUGUUUUAAGUUUUGCAUCCAGUACUUGAUUAUCACA